ACAUUUCUCUCUCCUUAAUUUCUUGAGCUGAAAUGGUGCGAUUAUGGUCGAUCGCCAAGCUUCAAAUCGGAAAAUUUUCGACCUUUGGGAUACGGCGAUGGUUCACGACCAUUGGCGGCGAGAGAAGUACUAAAGUGAUGAGCUUCGGCGACGGAAGCCACUUCGCUCUGGGCCUACCAGGCACGGGAAUGGGAAUCGACGCUUACGAGCCAACUCAAGUUUCUGAUCUGCCUUCAGACGUCUCCUUCUUAUCCGCCGGACACUACCACUCCCUCGCAGUCACCUCCGGCGGCGAGAUUUGGGCGUGGGGUCGCAACGAGGAAGGCCAGCUCGGCCGAAUCGGUAGAGAUUCAAAUUCAAGGAGUGUGGCGAAGAGAGUGGAAGGUCUCGAGAAUGUGAGUGUCCGAGGAGCGUUUGCGUCUGGAGUGGUCUCAACCGCGAUUGGAGACGAUGGGUCGUUGUGGGUUUGGGGAAGAUCGAAAAGAGGACAGCUUGGGCUUGGGGAAGGUAUCGUUGAAGCUUUGGUUCCUUCAAAGGUUGAAGCUUUAGGUCAAGAACACAUCGUUAAGGUGUCGUUUGGUUGGGGGCAUGUGCUUGCUCUUAGUGCUGAUGGUAAGGUUUUUGGGUGGGGUUAUGUAGCUGAUGGGAGAGUAGGGAAUGUGGGAGUUCCUCUUGAGGCGUCUCCGCUUGAUUCACUUGCAAGUGGGUAUGGUGAGGAGGCAGCUGAGAAGAAAGUUGCGGAAGCUAUGAGGAAGGAGAACAACAUGCCUAUAGCUUGGGAGCCUCGUCUGGUGGAAGAGUUGCGUGGUGUGAAGGUGGAAGAUAUUGCUUGCGGGUCUGAUCACUCUUUAGUCCUUUGUCGUGAUGGAACUCUUUUGAGCUCUGGGAGCAAUGUGUAUGGUCAGUUGGGUCGGAGGUCUAAUGAAGAUUUAACAAUGUCACCUGUUGAUGUAACCGGGUCUCCUGUUUCAGUAGCAGCUGGUCUUGGUCAUUCUCUAGCUAUCUGCAAUGUUGAGUCAGGUUCCAACACAAGGAGGGUUGUCUCAUCAUGGGGUUGGAACCGGAGCAAGCAGCUUGGUAGAGGAAAGCCAGAAGAGCUGCCAAGAGAAGUGGAGGGUUUGGAUGGGGAAACUCCAGCUUCUGUAUCAGCAGGGCGUGUGCAUUCCUUGUGUGUAACGGAGAAAGGAGAAGCUUGGGUUUGGGGAUGCGGAAAGAAUGGCAGGCUCGGUUUAGGAAGCUCGGUUGAUGAACCUGAACCGAUGUUGCUGGAGGACGUUGAGGGUUGUGUUCUUCAAGCAGCUGCUGGCUUUGAUCACAGCCUCAUCUUAGUGUCUGAUUGUGUAGAUUAAUGUUAGAAUAAAGAAAGUAUUUUAGUAAAACUUUCAUUUUUGUAAGAGCUGAGAGACAUGCAAAAGAAAAAGAGAGAUUAAUCAAAAACAUGAUCACCAAGUGAGUUCUUUUAUCAUACAUUUGUUUGUAUCUUGCCAAUGUGGCUGAAUAUAAGAUGCGUCUUCAAUGCACAUUGUGUAGAGUUCUCUUCUCUCACAGUAGCCAAAAGUUACAGACAGAAACAAA